AUGGCUCUUUGGUAUAACUGGUCGUCUCCUGCCGUGCUCAUUGGGUUUCCUUCGUGGCGCCAUAUUUGGCUAAUCUUUGACCAGGCUGCGGACGCAGUACUGGAGGAACCGAUAUCUGAUGAGAGGCAGAGCCAAAAAGAUUUGUCUGUGGCGGAGAAUACUGGCGCCGUCAGCGUGUUUGGGGAGCAAAGCACAAAAGGUACUUCAAACCUGAUAUAACAGGGCUGAGGUUACGUAGUGGGCCGUGCUUUCUUGUUCUUUUUCUUUUUGGCUUUUUUAUAGGUGGUAGAUAUAGCAAAACCCAAUGCAACACGGGAACGUCACUUGAGUGCAUGCCUUCCUGUUCAACUGCAAAAUGUU